AUGUCUAGAACGCUGCGGCCCACGCCACCUGUCGACGUACUACCCAAGAUCUCGUCUAAGGACUGGACAUUGCAAAGUCUUUUGAAUCGCGGAAACUUCAAGCAUGUCAGGCGUGUAUCCGCUCUUCUUCCACACAAAACGCUACUGUCCGAAUUAGAGCGCUAUGAGAUAGAAGGAGUUCCACUGAUCAUUGAAGACUGGCACAAACAUCAGAACUGGCCCAAAGAGCUCUUCAAUAUGGAUUGGCUGCUGAAGCACUGUGGUGACCAUGAAUGGCGCGUUCGCAAUGUACGGAACGUCUCAGACAAAGUGAUCACGUUGGAGAAGUUCAUCCAAUGGUCCCGAAAGCGAGUGCUGCGUGGUCAAUCUGAAGAGCUCCUGUACGGCAAAGACGCACCGUGUCCGCCGCAAUGGAGAGACUGGGUCGCCAGCGACGAAAUACUGCCGUCUGUGCUCCGUCCCAACGGCCCAACUGACUUGUUUCAGAAUUUGACUGAAUCUGAAGGCGUGGAAUCUUUGAUGUGCUAUCUUGGAAUUGGGGACACAUUCACUCCUUGUCAUAAAGACUUGUGCGCCUCUUCGGGUCAGAACAUUAUGUGCUAUACCGAAGAGGGCGGGUCGUCUUUCUGGUUCAUGACAGCUUCUUCCGACGCGCCUGCGGCUGGCGAGUUCUUCCAGAAGCAAAUCGGCCGGGAACUUGACUGGGAGGAACAUACGGUCACUGUCGAUGAAUUCGCGGCUGCUCCCUUCUCGGUGUACGUAGCGGAGCAAAAAUUAGGCGACCUCGUACUUGUACCACCACGGAGCUGCCACCAGGUGGUCAACCACGGUGGACUGACGGUGAAAACGUCCUGGUCGCGGAUGACUCUGAGAGGUCUACAGACGGCAUUUCACCAUGAGCUACCGAUAUAUAGACGUGUCUGUCGCCCUGAGCAGUACCGCGUCAAAUACAUAUUGUACCGCACGUUGCUCCAACGUGCA